AUGACUAGAUGCACUUCUUCUUCAACUACUAUACAUUGUUCCGAUGACGAAGAAUUCUACAAUCCCAUCUUCGACCUCGCAAAGUGCGGAGACGUAUAUGCACUGAAACAUCUAAUUGAGACCACCAACCCAGAUAUCGACUGUACAAAUGAAGAAUGCCAUACGCCCCUACAGCUUGCAGCCCGAAAUGGCCAUGACGCGGUCGUAAAACUAUUAGUCCAUGUCAAAUCUUGUACCGAGUUCGAAUGCCCCGAGCCAACUUUCACACCACUCUUGCUAGCGGCCAUGUACGGACGAGAGUCAGUAGUGAGAAUGCUACUCGAACAAGGCGCAAACAUUGAAGAAAAGGAUGCGGAGCUCGGACGAACACCGCUGUUAUGGGCCGUGGAAGGAGGCCAGGAGGGUGUCGUGAAGCUUCUUGUGAAUAAGGAUGCCGAUCUCCAUGCCAGGGACAAUGAUAUGGGUAUGACGGCCCUCUUGAGUGCUGCUGCACGAGGUCAUCAUGCAAUUGCUGCGUUCUUACUUGAUAAUGGGGCUGAUAUUGAAUGUACCUGCACUGAGUGUGGAGUAACGCCGCUCUGCUGGGCGGCUUGGUACGGUCACCUUGAGGUGGUGAGAUUGUUGUUGGAGCGCGAUGGGGUCGCCAGACGCCACUUCACAUGGCAGCUGAGGGGCCAUGAACGUGUUGCGGAGCUGCUUUGCCGGAAGGGUGCUGAUAUUGAAGCGAGGAACAAAGACGACCAAACUGCACUUUCAUUGGCAGCCAGAGACGGGCGGUUGGGUGUUGCCCGGUUGCUUCUUGACAAGGGAGCUGAAGUGGACGUAAGAGAUAUACGUGGGCGAACUCCCUUCGCAUUAGCAGCUGGCAACAAUGUUGCACCGACAACGAAGUCGGGGGCCCAAGAUCAUAAGAUAGAGCACAUGGAUGUUAUGAAACUCCUGGCCCAGAGGAACUGCAAUAUCCACUCCGAAGAUAAUCAGCGCCGGACACCACUUUUGCUAGCCACCGCUGCGGGCCAUCCAAAUAGGGUCCAAUUACUGCUUGAGCAUGGGGCAAACAUAGAGUCUCAGGACGAAAAUGGCUGGACGCCACUUGUAGUCGCCGCAGGAAAUGGCUCCCUGGAGACAACAAAAGUCCUUCUAGCAAAUGGCGCGAAUGUAAAUGUUGAAGAUGCAAAUAUCCGAACCCCCCUGAUAUGCGCCUCCCGCUUUGGCUAUAUUGAUAUAGCGAAGUUGCUGAUGGAAAAAGGCGCAGACAUCAACUGCCGAGACGGAGGUGGCAAAACCGCACUGUUCUGGGCUGCAGGAAACGGGCAUACGCCGCUCGUCAAAAUACUUCGUGGCAUGAAUGCAGCUUAUCUUCAUGAUUUCGAUGGCUUGUCUCCUUUGGAAUGGGCAAAUGAAAAUGGUCACGAGUAUGUGGUCAGACUGUUACUUGGCGAAGACGUCCAGGAUGAGAUUGAAUGGUCCGACUGGAACGAUGAGACCAAGGAUAUGGAGCAGAGAAAAAUGGUCUCCUGUCAUCCAUUUUGA